AUGUACAUUUUAGAUCUCAUAUACGCUUACCUUCUUGGUGGCGUCACUUUUAUACCGUUGCUUCUAGUGGCUUUCGUCUAUCUACAGCCAAAGGCACCCGAGUCCGAUGAAGAGGAACCAGGCCUUAAAGCCAGUGAACUUGAAGAGCAGAACCUGUCGGGGCUUGACGCUUAUAAGCAAGGGUGGAUCAUUGUUACCAAUGAGUUUCUAGAGUCUACUGAUCUGAUAAACUCAUCUACUCAGCUGGUAGCUGACUCUCAAGAAGGCAAACUGGCAUAUUCAUCAUUGUAUAAGCUUGUGAAGAAUUCCGGAGCCAAGACGAAGGAUUCGAACGGCGAAGUUUCCUCGGUCAAUGAUUCCGAUGCUGCUUCAAUUACUCUGGCUCCUGCUGCCGGUGCUCCUCCGAAGGGCGGCAAUAAGAAGCAUCGCUAUUAUGCUGUGUUGAAGCAUGGGAACCUUUUCUUAUACAAGGAUGAAAAACUUAAAGACGUCAAGCAUGUCAUUGUUUUAUCCAACUAUGUUGUGUCGUUGUGGCCUAGGAAUCUUACGGAGGGGCAAUUGUUCACCAAGUACUCGGCUAUCGCCUUAUUGCGGAAGGACUGGAAGAGAAAGAGAAGGCUUUCAGAUAACGUCACAUCCAUGGGAGAGUCUGAUUGGGAAGAAUCCGAUUCGAUCACUUUACAGGAUGUGUUGAACAAGAAGUCCAAGCUUCCUGCUCCCCCAGGUUCGUUCUUCAUCUAUACUGACUACAACAUUGAGAAAGAAGACUGGUACUUUACAUUCAUCAAGGCAUCUAAAACGGAUUCCGAUACUCCUCCGGCACUCGAUCCAAGUAUCCAGGCGAAAACUUUGCAUUUCGAGACUCGCCAUAUGGUAAGUUUGAUACAGACACUUUAUAGUGCUGAAGGCCAGCUACAUACGAAAUGGUUCAAUGCCGUCAUCAACCGUCUUUUCUUGUCCCUCCAGCACACUGAUGUGAUGCAAAAUUACCUCGUCGCUAGACUUGAAAAGAAGCUCAAUAAAAUGAAGACGCCAGGCUUCCUUGACAAGUUCCAGAUUACCAAAGUAAGGGCAGGCCAUGGUGCUCCCUUCAUAACUUUCCCUGUGUUGAAGGAGAUCAACCCUGAAGGUGACUUGCUUGUGUCAUUGUAUGUUCAUUACUUUGGUGAGAUGUCUGCCCAGUUGGCUACCAAGGUCAACAUCAACUUGGGAUCUCGUUUUAAGCCAAGAGAGAUGGAUGUGCUUCUUUCCAUGACACUCGAAAAGCUACAAGGUCCUAUGUUGAUCAAGAUCAAGCCUCCUCCAUCUGCGAGAAUGUGGUACACAUUUGAAAGCGAACCAGCAAUGAACAUCAAGAUUGAGCCGGUUAUAAGCUCCAGGCAGAUGUCCUACAACAUCAUUACAAAUUCUAUUGAGAAGAAACUUAAAGAAGCAGUGAAGACAUCAUUGGUAUUGCCACACUGGGACGACUUUGUGUUCUACAAUACAGAGACCGAGCUGGUCAGGGGCGGUGUAUGGGACAAGGAAUACCGUAGGCAGCAUACUGAGCUGUCUGGUAGUGAGCAGAAAGCCGAGCCUGGCCAAUCAAAGGCAGAAUCCAUGAGCCCCUCUCGUGCUGACGCAGAGCUGGUCAUCUCGACACUGGGGUUGUCAUCUACCAGUCAGGAAGUUGACGAUAAUCUUAGCUUCAGAACUGAUCUCACUAAUGAAACUCCCGUCCAGCUUAAUCUGACAAAAACGCGCUUAUCAUCAACCAUCAAUGAUCUUUCGAAACGGUUGAGAAAAGCCAAGUCGACUCAUACCCUUGGUGUGGAUGAAACUAAUUGCCUUUCUGAUGGCUCCUUGAUGGAGCCAUCCGCAUCAGAGACACCAAGUGUGAACGGGUUGGUGAUGGAGGAAUCUGAAUCACAGGCGUCAAACGAGAAGAAUAAUACGCUCCGAAAACUUGGCAAGUGGUAUUAUAAGGACGAAAAGCACCCUGAGAAUAAGGGGCAGACAUAUCAUCCCCCAGAGAUGAUCACCAACCGUCGCCCUAAUAGGAAACAAUCCUCUGCAAGUCAGGGCUCCGAAACAGAUAAAGCUCCCCCAGAAGUACUGGUUUCGCCUCCAAGCGCAGGUUUUUCUUAUGAUUUUGGAUCUGAGGUGCCUGAACCUAUAUUGGGUCACAAGCCAGCUGCAUCUUUAAGAAGACCCUCGGUGGGUGCAACUUCUGUCCCCAAUGCUGAUGUCAAGGGAGAGAUGAGGGAGCAUUCGAACAGCAAUCCUGAACCAAGUGACCAGGGCAUCGCUUUUCCUACGAUUUCAGAAAAACCAUCUACAUCUACAGUGACGAGGUCAAAGUCAACGCUUCACCGCAAGCCGCCACCGGAAGAUCCACUUUUAGAGGCAUCGAUUCCUGAAUCAGAAAAAUCUCUAUAA